AUUUAUAAUCAGUAGUUGCUACACAGAGCAAGAAAAUUGACACUGGCCCGAACACAAAUAUGCUGUAGAAAAUCAAUUUUUCCACCCUCAAAUGUCUAUUACAUAUGCACUUUCUUCGACUAAAAGUAUAGUACAUGUAUGACUGUAACCUGUUUAAUGGAGUUACCACACAGACCAUAAUAAACACAGCCACAGAUUAUGGAUAUGCAAUUGGACAAAGCAGCUAUCUCAAUAAAAAGGACACCCAAAGCAAUGAAUGCUUCUUUUCAGAGGUGAAACCAAUUCAAAGUUGUAAAUGGGGGGGUCAGGUCAGCCUACCCUUCCCCCAUUGAGGGUCCCGACCUCCUGUGGGCUUGAUAGGAGGAGCUGUUGUGUCAAAAGUAGAUGGCGAACACACAGCAGUGGCCUUACCCACGAAAAUAAAAGUACACAACAUGCAUGUAUCACUUUUUCUACACUUUAUAGUAGUAUCUGGUGCACAGCUUAAAUCUAUUUCUUAAAUCUACUGUAGAGCUCUCCGUGUAUAACUGGAGGCAAAUAUUUAUUUGCUGGUAACUUUUAUUCUCUUAACUUCAACCGGAAAUGCUUCGGCAUGGACUGCUAGCUUCUCGGUAUUAAUGCAGGCUUGUGUGUCAUGACUUCAGCCCCGAGUUCAGUCUUUAAACCUAAUAAUGCGGCGUUACAUUCGUGCACUGUUCAUGUGCACGGUGUUUGCCGUGUUUUCUGGAUUGUACAUCUAUAGUAAGCUGUUUGAAGCGGACUUGUCGGAGGAAAACGAUACGAAGAGGAUUUACGUCCCCCCAAGAGUCCCAGGACCCAGACAGGGGGACAAAGCGGGGCAACAAAGCUCACACCGACGCAACAGGAAUAUCAUGCGUCAGCCGGGGCAGCUGGAAACAGUCACCCAGAGCAGACCGCAUCCCCUCAUGCACUUGGCUGUGGUGGCCUGCGGCGAGCGCCUGGAGGAGACGCUCAAUAUGUUAAAGUCGGCCGUGCUUUUUAGCGUCAAGCACCUCCAGCUGCACAUUUUUGCAGAGGAUCAGCUGCAUGUGGGCUUCGUGGAAGCUCUCGAAUCCUGGCCGGGUUUUAUCCGCUCCAGGUUCAACUAUACGGUCUACCCCAUCAGCUUCCCCAGUGAGAAUGCAGCAGAGUGGAAAAAACUCUUCAAACCUUGUGCUUCACAAAGACUCUUUCUACCUCUCAUCUUAAAGGAUGUUGACUCUCUUGUCUAUGUGGACUCGGACAUCCUCUUCCUGCAGCCGGUGGACCGCUUGUGGGCGUACCUGUCCCACUUCAAUGCGUUACAGUUGGCCGCCGUGGCCCCAGAGCACGAGGAGCCUCGCAUUGCUUGGUACAACCGCUUCGCCCGGCACCCCUAUUACGGAAAAACGGGCAUAAACUCGGGGGUGAUGCUGAUGAACCUCACAAGGAUGAGGAAUUCGUUUUUUAAGAAUGAUAUGACACCAGUGGGUCUCCGAUGGGAGGAGUUGCUGAUGCCGCUACUUCAAAAAUACAAACUAAACAUAACAUGGGGAGACCAGGAUCUGCUUAACAUCAUUUUCCACUACAAUCCUGAGUUCCUGCUGGAGUUUCCAUGCCAGUGGAAUUACAGACCGGACCACUGCAUCUACGGCAGCAACUGCGCCUCCGCUGAGAACGACGGCAUCUAUAUACUGCAUGGAAACAGAGGCGUAUAUCACGACCACAAGCAACCGUCUUUCAGAUCUGUUUAUGAUGCCAUACGGAAGUACUCGUUUGGAGCAGACCCCGUGGCGUCUCUGUUGGCUCCCCUGGAGAAGCAACUUUUGAAGACGACUCACACCUACUGCGGGAAAUCCCACACGCUUUUCACCAAGGCGCUGGUGCACAGCCUGGCUAACGUCAACAGGAAGAGCCCACUUGUACGGUGACACAGUCGGCAAUGGAGGCUGGCCUGCCAUUCGUACUGGCUGUGCCGUGUUCACAUUUUAUUCGUUUUUUUGUUUUUUUUUUUAAUCUUGAACUUGUUCUCUUCAACUGUUAUCUCCAACUUUUCAUUGAGUCGCAAUGCAAAAAGAGAACUUUAACUUUCCAUAUUGGAGACAAAUACUGUACAGUGGAAGUAGUGCAUGAUGCAUUUAAGUGCAUUCUUUAAUGUGUUUUUAGAAGUCGUUUGCGUGUUUGAAUGAACAUAGUCGUCCCUCGCAAUAUGGCGUUUUUUUUUUCCGAAAUCAAUUAAUUAAUGAUGGCUGUUUCAUGGUAUAGACCCAAUAGUUAGUCAAAACAUAUUGAAGUACAAGCUUCAAUAUGUAGUAUUCUGGUCACUCUGUGGUAGUAAUGACACAAAACACAGACAUGACCUUGACUACCAUAACCUGAAAUCAUGCCAUGAAAAAAAGUUCUCCUAUCCUGUGUGGAAGUGGUAGUUUUUUGGCUUCUUAAAAAGGAAAACUGCCCUUUUUUUUGGGAUGUUGUAUCCGUAUGCGAUACAUGUAAACACAUCUCCCUUUUCUGUGUGUUCUAAAGAUAUAAAAACAGCUAAAAAGAGGCAGCCCAUUAAUGCAUGUAAUGGGACACACCUAUUCCGCCUAUAAACAUCCAACAAGGUUGGAGCGUGUGACCACAUAGUAACAUGUCACAUUCAUGAUAACAUGUAAUACUUACAGUAUUUUGCUAUAUUUUGGUCAUUUUAAGCAUUAGUGGAACCUCCUUCCCGGGAAAAUAGAUUUCACACGGCAACAUAGAAAGGAACACGUACACCUAAUGUUAACUUGUACACAAACCAAACAAUGCAGCAGUGGAGGUAGCUUCAAUAUGUAGCUUUAACUUUCUGUAGUGGCCUGAAGUGUUGUGAGCGAGUGUGUGGUGAAAGCUAGCCCCGCCGGUCGCUAGCCC